AUGAUGUCUGGCGAAAAGCGUCCUGCCCCCGCGACCUUCGGGUCCUCCCACGAGCUCGUGGUCAAGAGAAACAAGGCCGAUGCCGCCAACCCAGGAACCGCACUCGUCAAAGGCUCCGCGCAAAAUGGAGCUUUGGUCCAAUCUGUCCCUCGUACUAGCGGGCUAGAUGCUCCGAUCAUGGAGCUCACAGGUGAGAGGCUGUCGCCAAACAAUCCGUGGACAAGCACUAACUGGAGGACUCUGCUAGGACACUCUGGUGAAGUUUUCGCAACUCGGUUCAAUCCCACUGCCCAGCACAUUGCGUCCGGUUCAAUGGACCGUUCGAUCUUGCUCUGGAACACAUACGGUCAAUGCGAAAACUAUGGCCAAUUGAAUGGCCACCGAGGAGCUGUUCUAGACCUGCAGUGGUCACGCGAUUCACGGGCGCUAUUCUCCGCAUCUGCAGACAUGACUCUCGGCAGCUGGGACAUCGAGACUGGAGAGCGUGUGCGCCGUCAUGUGGGUCACGAGGAGAUUAUCAACUGUCUUGAUAUCAGCAAACGAGGCCAGGAACUGUUGGUCAGUGGCAGUGACGAUGGCUGCAUUGGUAUCUGGGACCCUCGACAGAAGGAUGCUCUGGACUACCUUGAGACCGAGCUCCCCAUCACUGCAGUCGCACUGUCUGAGGCAGGUAACGAGAUCUACAGCGGAGGUAUAGAUAACACGAUUCACGUCUGGGAUCUCCGCAAGAAGGCCAUUGUCUACUCUAUGACCGGACACACAGAUACGAUUACUUCCCUACAAAUUUCUCCCGAUUCACAGACUCUGCUGUCCAACUCCCACGACUCGACUGUUCGCACAUGGGACAUUCGUCCUUUCGCUCCCACCAACCGACAAGUGAAGACGUACGAUGGUGCUCCCGUCGGACUGGAGAAGAACCUUAUCCGCGCCAGCUGGGAUCCCAAGGGCGAGAAGAUUGCCGCAGGUAGCGGUGAUCGAAGUGUAGUCGUUUGGGAUGCCAAGACUGCGAAGCUGCUGUACAAACUUCCCGGUCACAAGGGAACUGUCAAUGACGUUCGCUUCUCUCCCAACGAUGAGCCAAUUAUUGUUUCUGGUUCUUCCGACAGGAACCUCAUGCUUGGAGAGCUUGGCAAGUAA